GCGAGGCGUGCUGUCAACACAGUAACAUGGCUACCUCUGCUGCAGGGAAGGCGAGUAGCAGAGAUGCGGCUGUUGCAGACAGUCCGAAACACCACGAGGACUCUCCCUCGCAGUCACGGGAAAUAUUAAAGCCCACAAUCACGGAGCUGACCAAAGAAGUGAGGACGAACAUCCUCUGCACCGUGAAGGGAUGUGGCAAGAUUCUUCCCAACACACCUGCACUCAACAUGCAUCUGGUGAAGUCUCAUAGAAUAAAGGAUGGAAUUGUCAAUCCUACGGUCAGAAAGGACAUGAAAGGCGCUCAGAAACUUUACUGCUGUCCCAUUGAGGGCUGUCCCAGAGGGCCUAACAGACCCUUCUCCCAGUUCUCCCUGGUAAAACAACACUUUAUGAAGAUGCACGCAGAAAAGAAACACAAGUGCUCCAAGUGCAACAAUGGCUACAGCACAGAGUGGGACCUAAAGAGGCACAUUGAGGACUGUGGGAAAACCUACCAUUGCUCAUGUGGUUGCCCCUAUGCCAGCAGGGCUGCUCUGCUCUCGCAUAUCUACAGGACGGGACAUGAGAUACCAUCUGAACACAGGCAUGUACACACGAUUCCUCCGGUAAAAAAGCGGAAGAUGGAGAGACUGUCAAGUGCUUCAGAAAAGGUUAAGACAAAUGAGUCAACCUGUCAGAUGACGCCCACGACUAUUGAGCUCACAGAGCUGGCUCCCCCUUCUCAUAUAGCUCUUCACAUCCCAGAUUCAGCAUGUCAGAGCCUCAACCCCCGUAAGAGCCUGCAGAAGUUGCUCUUGCCAAAGCCUAAAAUGGCAUUGGUCAGCGUUCCAGUGAUGCAGUUUGCCCAGCUGCCUGUCCUCCUUCCAUCUACAGAGAGUGGUGCCCUGCGGUCUGUGGUGCUGGCAGUAGACAGCCAAGGAUCUGUCAGCACCCUUCACCUUUUACCACAAGCCACAGGAGCAGUUGUACCCCAACUUGAUACGAACAUUCUAGGUUUUAAGGAUAGCAUGCCAACAUCACGCUCUAGCCUCGGGCCUGUUAGUACAGGCGUCCAGGUCAGUCUGGACUCUGCAGGCACAGAGGACUCAACCAGUAGCCCGACAGGACACCGGGGUAGAAGCACGUCCACCAACAUUCAGACAGACAAGUCGUAUUUAUCUAAAAAUCCCACAGGGGUGAGUAUUGGGGAGGGACUAGGCUUGUGCUCUGUGGGUGAGUCAUCUGUGUCGUCGUGCUCCCAAACAGACAUUAGUGUGAGUGCUCAAGUUCUCCUCCCGGUCAGUGUCGAAACCCAGACGUUUUCUUCCUGCCAAGCCAAGGUCACAUCCUCUAUUGGAGCCCAGACAGACAGCCAGUGCCUGAGCCACAUUCCUUGUUCCUCCUCAACUGUGACACCAUUCAUAACCAGACAGACACAGACACACUUUGCCAUGCCACUUGCUGACGAGAAGGCACAGGAGCAGGCCAUCAUGUGCACUGAUCUCUUUGGCAGUGACUCCCUGAGUGUCUCCACCCAGACUGCCUUGGAUAUAGAUGACCCGCUUGCGCCUGCAGGAAGCAGUCUGUAUGAGGACUCAAAGUCACCAGGUGGUUUGUGUUUUGGCGUUCAAACUGAUGAGCUGAACUCGAACAACAUGGCCGACAAUCAGACCCAAACAAUGACCUUGUUAAGUGACCUAGAGAACAUUCUGUCUGACAGCAUGUCAGGCCACCAGGCUCUCACUGAGGCCUCCGCAGCCUGUGGUUCAGCUCUGGGUUCUGUUCAGGAGCAACACAGUGGCAUUGACUUUGACUUUGAGGAGUUCCUCAAUGCUGUGCAUAUUCAGACCCAGACAGAGGAGAGUGAGCUGGGAGGACUCGGUAGUGACACGCCUCUCGAGUCUCUGGACAUCCAGACCCAGACAGACUUCCUCCUGAUGGAUGAGUUGGACCAAAGCGAGGGACCAAAUAGAACCCAAGCCAGCGACCUGGAGCUGUUCGACACUCAAACUCAGACGGAUCUCAAUUUCCUGUUAAAUGCCGGAGGCCAGAUGCCGCUGAGCAGCAUCCUGCGACAUUCAAGCUUUUCUAUGAGCACAGAGUCCUCUGACACCGAAACACAGACGGAUGUCCCUCCAUUUGCCACGAGCCUCUCCGCGCAGACCGCCGUCAGUCAGGGAGACCACGCGAGGCUGCUGAACACCACCGAGACACAGACUGUGACCAGCCAGGCAGAAGGAUUGGGGCACCUCUUCCUCACCAGCAAUGAAACGCAAACCGUCAUGGAUGACUUCUUGUCAGCGGACCUCGCUUGGAAUAUGGAGUCCCACUUCAGCUCUGUGGAAACCCAGACAUGUGGAGAGCUCUGUGCUCUCUUUCAGCAGCCCGAGAAGCCCAAUAGUUGAAAGCCUCACCUAGCGAAGCUGCCUAAGCUUUUGCGGUACAAGCUUUCUCAAAUCUGCCUCUUCCUGUAAGAGGAGUCGGUCCACGCUCUCCUUUGGCAGAUUAUAGUCUUAGCAGUAGGAAGUCUGUGAAAAUGUCUUUCAUCAUUCCACUGGGGGCAUUCUGUCCAGAGCCUUCCCAGGUAUAUAUCCUACCUGCUCUGCCGCACUUUAUUGGCUCAGCGGAUGUGAUUUAUCAGCUCCUCUGACAGUUUACAUAUUUAUUUGCACAUAAAGAAUAAUAAUAAUGUAUGUAUCUUUUCCUCAAUGCCAGUUUACUGCUUUGUUUUCCGUGUAUAACCACUGUGACUGGUCUUACCCAACGACGUAAAAUUCAAAUUUUGUCAGUGUUAAAAUCUGCACUUAAAGGGAGGACUUAUUUAGCUGUGUGUGUGUGGCUUUUAACCUGCAUCACAGCACACGGAUACUGUAUGAACACAGCUCAACUGUACAGUGUGUGAUACUGUACCUUUAAUUUAUGUUUAUGUUUGAAAUGUACAUAUGGCCUUCACUUGGCUUGCAGAACAAACAACAAAUUGCAUCUCUGAAAUGCACCUUUACUCAUGAAGAUGUGGCACAACUUUGAAUUAAAUGUUUGCGUUUGUCUCGUCAGUCGUUGAACACGCACACACUCGCUGAGAAUUUGAGUAUUUGAGAAGUUAACACUUUUAGGGGAUGUCUUUGUAGCUGAGCAGUAAGUUCAUGCGAGUAAACAUAAUCGGGUGUCAUUGUUGUUGACUUAUUGAUUAGCUGGUUGUAAGUGUAUACAGUAGCGCCGCUGACGUUGAUAACGUGAUCCAUCCAGUCAUGUUCACUGUACAGAAUCACAUUUUGGAUUAGAGCUAGUAUUAGCACAGGGCUAUUGUAUGAACACAACACUUUGUAAUCUGAGCUCCAACCUAGUCAACCGUAGGUUUUCAUUGUUUUUUGUCCAUUACUGCUGCAUUGAAUUACCUCACUGAGCACAGGCGCCACACAUGGACCAUGUUCCGCUAAGGAACACCCGUUAGAGUUGUUUGUAGGACUUGUCUAUUUAUUAAUUCCUUUUAUUUUGUUUGUGCCUUAACCCAAGUAUUAUGUUUUUGUUCUUUAUAGGUGACUGAUUUUUGCUGCUUUGUGGUAAAAUAUUACACAAGAAUAAGUUUUCUGUGAGCGGCAAGGAAAAAAAAAUAGUUUGCACCAUUUUUGGUCUUUGAAUUGCAUGUUUUAUACUUUAUUCUAUUGUGGCGUUAUGAUCAUUGUUGCAUGGAUACAUUGGAAUGUCCCAACUGUUCUCCAUAGUACAUGUAGAAGGAUGUCUGUCCCAUGAAUAUAAUGCUGUACAGCAUUUAGUUGAAGGAAAUGUGUUUGAUAUGAUUGCCGGUGACAUUUGUAGAUGUUUGCAGAAACGGAAGAAUGUACAGAACAUGACACUGUGCCCGAGGGUAUAACAUGCUCUAAUUUUCCUGUGUUAAUUAUCAUUUUUUGACACAUCAUUUCAACAUUUCUCAUAUUGAGAUCAGUACUUCUAGUUUGUUGUUGUUGAAUAUGAAUCCAGAAUAGUUGCUCCUUGAUGGUUUAGUGGCAGGGGAAAAAAAAGCCUUGCUUACGACUCAAUUAUGUGUAGAAAAAGCCUCGUCAGUCUCAAGUGUCAGUCACAGUGCUUUAUUCUCUCUCUCUCUCUCUCUUAGUGCAUGUAGAUGAGAAUUUGUCUUUAACUGAAGUUAAACUGGAGUUUUCUUGCCUGUACUUGUAGAGUUGACAUUUGCCUUGAAUAACUGCUAAAGAUGCACUACAGAUGUUCUGAAUAAACUGCUGAAAAAUA